AGUGAGCUGAACUUUCUCUUCUGGCUGGGCUGGAAAACAGGGAGGGGCUCCCUCAGAGGGUGACGGGGCGGAAAACCCCCAGCUGCUCCACCCCCAGCGUGAGAGGACACAUUUUUAUUUUGCCUGUGUAAACUGAAGAGGCACAGGCUUCAGCUGAACCGGUGCAGCUUGGUCCUGUGCACUUACCUUGUUAGUCGCACUAUGACUGACUUUUCAGACGAGUCUGACAAGACCGGCUCAAUAAGUUUCCAUCGUCUGUUCUGUUUAUGUUGAAUAGAAACAGUGAAAGUCAUUUUCUGUGUCGAGGUUUUUCAUUCUUCAGCGUUUCUUACGACAUCUGUCUGAACCUCCAGAGCCUUUCAAGUGUCCCAACCCCCCCCAGUGCAUCCACACAUGUCAAGGUGAACACGAGUGAUCCUUUCUGUGACCACUCCGAAGUCGUUUCAAGCCGAGCACAAAAGCACCUCUGCCGAAAGAAAUCCUCAGAGAGACGCUGUCCUGCCGCGAAACCUCGCCGCUCAACCAAAAACACGUCUCCGGACGAAAGUCUCGUCAGCAUUUCAACUGACUGUGGCACGAGGUCGAGACCGUUUUAACUUAAGGAUGCACACAGCUGUUGACCGCAGGAGCCGAUACAGUCCACACAGACUCCGCUGUGCACAGGUACGAAAAGAGGAGGAACACACACAGAAACUCACAUUUUCAGUCGGUGCGGCUCGGACCUCUUCAAACAUGCCGCAUAAACCAGCGGGAAACUGUCUGUCGGCUUCAUCGGGGCCCGUUUCUGAAUCACGGAAACGCGCGUUCUGGAGAUAAAUGCUGGCAGAGACCCUGUUGACCCCGUCUCCUCUGUCCAAACACAGGAAGUGCUGCGAGUUGAGGUGGGCUCAGGGGUCAACUGUACUGAACGGGACAGGAAAUAAUAUGAAGAGGAGCUGCAGGAGCCUGCGGCAAGCGUUCAGCAGCCGCCUUACCGCACGCACGCCCUGGUGUUGGACCGUUCAGAUUCGUCAUCAGCAACGACCACGGGAGUCCGGGUGGCCCGGAUCACAGGUCAGGGCCCCUCUCGCGCGAUCACAUUCGGGCUGCAACUAGUAAUUACCGUCAUUAUCGACCCAUCUGCUGAUUCUUUCUUCAAUAAGUGUAUAAAAUGUUUUUUGUCCGACCAAUUGACCAAAAUACAUAAAGAGUUAAUGUGACGGAAAAAUAGAAAAUCUUAUAGUCUGAGAAGUUGGAAACAGUAACAAUAGAUCAGCUGGUUAGUGAAUCAAUAGUUUCAACUCUCUUGUCCGAUGUGUCGUGAAAUGUCCCUCCAUAUAUUCAAAAGAACUGUCAGUGUUCUACAUGAUGAAUUCCAAUGCGUCUUAACAUGUGCGGGGCUGCAAAUGAUGAGUCUGAUUUUCUCGAUCAGUCGACCGGUUGCUUGAUCGGUGUGUCGUCAGAAAACAGUGGAAAAUGUCCAGAGGUUCUUGAAGACCGGGUUAAUUCGUCAAAUCUGAAUGGAACAGUCCAAAGGACAAAAUGCUCAAUGUGUGUUCCCAUGCAGACCAAAAAGCAUGGAUCCCCACUUCUGAGAAGCUGAACCGCUGAAUCCUUGACACGGCUGCUUCCUGUGGACACCUGAUGACUCUUCUCAGCACUUCCUCCGCCUCUGUGCUACUGAUGCAUUCGCUUUCCAGAGAAGUCAGAAGUCCUGCUGACAUCUCCGGUGUUGCGACACCGAGCUGAGCCGCAGUCUGAGCUCGUGACAGAGGAGGGAGUGUCUGGCGACGUGUUUGUUGCAACACUUUACCUGCUGCAGAACAGAUCACAAGUAACAUCUGGCCGCCGUGAGGCUGGAACGCGUCACGACACACCCUCCCAUCGUUUCGUCCAUCAGACUGAUCCCAGAGCAGUGAGCCAGGGAGACGGACUGUAUCUGUGUCACGGCGCCUCCUGCUGACACAUCACACGCUCUACAACCCUGAUACCUCACUGCUCAACACAAACAUCUUUGGGGUUUUUUUACUGCCGGACGGACAAAAUAACAUCUGCAGACGUCACAGGGGCUUUUACAGACAAAACUGUUCACAGAGAAAAUGAAUCCUCAUUAAUUGAGUAUGGAAACCAGAAUCAGUUGCAGCCCUAGAGAAACCUGCGGCGCAGAUUCCCAGAGCCGAAGGCGGCGUCUUGAAAUUCCUUCUUCCGUCAAAUUAACGGUCAAAACCCAAAAGUAUUACGAUGAUGCUACAAAUUCAUAAAACAGACAAAUCAAGCAAAUCAUCGUGUUUGAGAAGCUUGAAUGAGAAUUUUCACCGUUUUGUGCUUUAAAAAAGAACUUAAACGAUUAAUCAAUUAUUCAGAUUGUUGCGGUUGUUUAGUCCUACUCUGUAUAAUGUCGCCUGGGGCUUUCUUCUUUUGUGAGAUUUGCGUUGCCAUAAUUCAACGGUCGAACGUGGAGAUGCAGAGAAAAACAACCCCGACGAUGCCACCAGCAUGUCCACGUACUCCAGCGUGUCCACGUACUCCAGCAUGUCCACGUACUCCAGCAUGUCCACGUACUCCAGCAUGUCCACGUACUCCAGCGUGUCCACGUACUCCAGCGUGUCCAAGUUCUCCAGCAUGUCCACGUACAUCUGCAUGUCCACGUACUCCAGCAUGUCCACGUACUCCAGCAUGUCCACGUACUCCAGCAUGUCCACGUACAUCUGCAUGUCCACGUACUCCAGCGUGUCCAAGUUCUCCAGCGUGUCCACGCGGUGGAUCUGUUGGAUGCUGUUUUGAAUGAAACGCUCUGCUGGUUUGAAGAACAACAGCAGCAGCAGCAGUUUCCUCUGUCAGUUGAAGAUGGAGUCCGCGUUGGUCUGUCUGAUCCUGGUCUCUCUCAGCGGUUUCCGGUGGGGGCACCCGGCCGCCGCGCCGCCAGCCGCCACCGUCGAGGUGAGAGUCGGGGAGGAUGCCACCCUGCACUGCCCCCUGCUGGACCAGUCCAACGCCGCCUCCGCCACUCUGAGCUGGUACAAGAAGGCCGCGGGACGGGGUCCGCAGCUGCUCCUCACCAUGAGGUCCGCGGACAGCUCUCACGUGAAAUACGGCUCCGGGGUUCGUCCCGAUAAAGUCUCGGCUGCGGCCGACGGGUCUCUGCUGCUGCGACGCUCCGAGCAGAGCGACUCCGCCGUGUAUUACUGCGCGGUCAGCCAGGGAGGGAGACUCCCACAGAAGGGACCCGAGCUCCGAGCCGGUCGCUGACUUCUCUCCUCGGUGGUGUCUCGGCUUCGGACGGUUUCUGUCUACGCUUGUAUUUGUCCUGAUUUUGGGUUAGAACUCAUUUCAGACUGCGGAGAAGCCAGAGUUUGUCUGACCGGGAGACCGGGCCGCUGAAAUGCCACCGAGUGAACAGAAACCCAUCGAAACACCUGUGGGACGACAAGCAAAGCAAUAAAUGUGUCUUCAGUUUGCUGAUUAAACCGUUUCGCUCAGCCUUUAUUGUGACGGCGCAAAAAUCUUUAUUUUGAAAGGUCAAAAACAUUGUGAUUUGUUUCAGUCAGUCCAGACCACAUCAGACCAGGUCUAGAUCAAAAACCCUGACCUAUUUAUACUUGUCAAACCCGGACUUGUUUAACGAGUACUUCGACUGUUUAAACCACAGAUUCAGAUGUGUGCUCGUUUCACACCCAGACCACAUCAGACCAGGUCCAGAUAGUUUAAUAAUAAAACAACUACACUUAGACCUGUCAAGUC